UGUAGAGUUUCACUUCCGGGCUCCUCCUUUCUCCCAGUCACAGGUAGGGUGCACACCUGGCUGGCAGGUGAGGAGUUAAAGGAGGAGAGCUACUGGGAAGCAACACCCACUCCAGUUUCAUCUGAAACUUUCCCAGAAGGACACAAAGGGGAAGUUGCCUUCAUGUUCUUGGCUUUAAGUUUUAGGCAGGGAAAGAAAACAAUGGACUCCUACUGAUUCUGGGAUCUGUUUUAUAGUGGAGAUUUCCUGGCUCAUCCACUGAUUCUAAGGGGCAGAGCAGCGACCCAAGGACCAAGGGAAAGGAAACACUCCUUCACAGUGCGACCAAUGGACCUAUUUCUUUGCAUAUUCCUGGGAUUUAUUUGGAAAUUAAAAGAUUAUCAAGGAGGCGCAAGUAUUUUCUGAACUGAGAUAAAAAGAAAGAAAACAGACUCAAACCCCCAGCAGCCUUGCUGAUCUAACAAUUUCAGGGUGUCUAUUUCCCCUUUUGUCUGUGGUUACGUCUCAUCUGUAAACCACUUGUACACCAUUUCCUCCAGCACAGAUAUAUAGAAACCCCACUUAGUGUGAGCUGAGCACUGGACUCUCUAAUUGGCAGAAUGGGCCACCUCCAGUCUUUGCUGGCACUUCUCUUUGUAGCAGCACGACUGGUUUGGUCAGACUCCGAAGGGCAGACCUGUCUGGACAACUUUACAAAAGGCUUUUACAACUUUGUGUUGGACCUGGACUAUUCUGUGAAAAGUGGGGCAACGUUUCUGUCCUCCCCUCCCUUGCACAGUGGCAGAGACUGUAUGAUCGCUUGCUGUAGGACCCAAGGGUGUAACCUAGCCCUGGCCCAGGAGACGGACAAUGGGGAGGACGUGAUCAACUCCUGCUUUCUCAUCAACUGCAUCUAUGAGCAGGAGUUUGUCUGCAAAUUCAUCAGGAAGCCUGGCUUCGUCAACUUUGUAACCAUGGAUGUUUAUAACAAAUAUCAAGCGACGAUGGAAAAGGAAGGGGAGGACGAUCCUCCUCCUAUUGCAAGGGCAGGCCCUGAUGUUAAAACCCAACCUUUACAGACAGUUUUCUUGACUGGCAUUGAGAGCUUUGAUAGGGAGGAGAUUGUCAGCUAUGAAUGGAGCCUUCUUCAUGGAGACCCUUCUGUGGUUUAUGGGGAGAUACCAGCAGAAGAUUCACAAGCAGAUGUGUCACAUUCCAUAGAGGUCACAAACCUGUACCCUGGACAGUAUACGUUCCAGUUGGUUGUCACAGACAACGCAAACCAGCAGAGCUCCACUACUGUCACCAUCACAGUACUGUCAAAGCAAGAGACAGAGGAACACUGCUUCGCUCCAUACAAAGUGGGCCGAUGUCGGGGUUCCUUUACUCGCUGGUAUUAUAAUCCAGAGGCAAAUGAAUGCUUGGAAUUUAUAUACGGAGGUUGCAAACCAAACAAGAAUAACUACCUCAGAAUAGAGGAUUGCCGGCAAACCUGCAUGAAUAAUUCGGCUGAGACACCUUUAACAGGAGAACAUUCUGGCAAGUCUGGCAGACGACUGCAUCCAGUGUGUGAUGGACACUGCUCUCCCAAUCAGUUCCAGUGUGCCCAAGGCUGCUGCAUUGAUGCCACUUUGGAAUGCGAUGAGCACCAAGACUGCCCAGAUAAUUCAGACGAACAGUUUUGUGAAAAUUAUGAUAAAGGUUUUAAGAAGCUGCAAACAUUUGAUAUUCCCAACAAUAAAGUCCGCUGUGUUGACAUGCCAGAUACAGGUCCCUGUCGGGCCUCUUUCACUCGGUUCUACUAUGACCCUAGAGUUCGGAAAUGCUUGAGGUUUACUUAUGGCGGCUGUGCUGGGAAUGACAACAAAUUUCACAGAGAAUCUGAUUGCAUGCGGUAUUGUGAAGGUGUUUCUGAGCAAGACAUUUUUGGGAGAAGAUUAGGAGACACUGAAGCCCAAAAGGAAGGUUCAGGCUCCGGAGAAGUGGCAGCAGCAGUUUUUCUGGGGAUCUGUAUCCUGGUCGUUGUGGCUAUAAUCGGUUACUGCGUCAUCAAGAGGAGAAAGAGCAGGCGCCAACCAGUUGCCAACACCUCCACUCUUUUAACCACUGAAGAUACAGAGCAUUUGGUGUAUAACCGGACCACCAAGCCGGUGUAACCCAGUAUGGGCCUUCCCUUGUGAAGUGAAUUCUGCCCUAAAUCCAAUAUACUGUCAUAUCUCACAGAUCACAGACUGAUUUUGGGACAUUUCCCCUUUAGGUUUACUGGUACCAGCCAACUGGGUCACCUUUAACAAUUAUAAGAAGAUUCUGAAGGGGUUUAACUGGCAAUGGACUGACAUCUUUAACAGGUUAUUUAAGAGGGACACUAUAGCUUUCUUUUUUCCUUUAAAUAUUUGUAGAUAAGUGUUGCAUUGUCGUUGAACUUUUUUUUUAUUCUUUGUUUUUUAUUUUUACGUUCUCUCCGUAGAUGCCAAAUACCAGUCCUGAGCAGGAAUCUGGAUUUUAAUAAACUGGCGUUUUAUUAUGAGUUAAAUCACUGUAAAAAUACAGAUAGAAAAGUUGUAUUAUACAGUCAAGGUCCUACUUCUAGUCGUCCAUGGUUACAUUUUGUACAAGAUUUAUCACCCUGCCCCAUCCCCAGAUUUUUAAUGAAUUUUCUGCACAGCCAUCUUUAAUGGGCUACAGAUUGAAAGAUAUGGCCACUGUAGGGCCGGUAGAUCAAACCAAAGUUACAGAUUUAUGAAAAAUAACCUUGGUCGCUCAGUCAUUCAGCCACUAAAGGGCAGCAAAAACAUAUUUACCCCCAAAUCUCAAUCCUAAUGAUCUUCAAGUUGGGUUUCAGACAUCACAUAGAGGAGCCAUCCCCACAGUUUGGGAACCACUGCUUUAGACUGUGAUGGAAAAGGGCUAAUCCGCUCCCAAGCAGAUGUACUAGAGAAGGAAUAUUUUCUGCACACACUUUUACUCUCUUUGAUGACGUAGGUCAGAUCUCACCAAUAUUUAUAAUUACAUAUAUGCAGAGGAGGGAUGUUCCCUUUACAAUCUAUGCUAUGCCCUAACAAUCUGUUUUAUUAUAGGCGAUAAAUGGAAUCUAUUCACUCAGUAGAAAGGUAUAUUUUCCAUUUAAUAUUGUUCUACAGUGAAGGCAUUGUACAUUCAGUAACUGACCUCGUGCUACCAAAGCAUGGUCUAUGGAAUUGUAUAUUGUGUGAUCUUAUAAUAUACAUUUGUUUUUUUUAUUAAUCUCCACCCCCCCUCCCUUUUUUUUUUUUUUUCUUUUGCUGUGCCACCCAUAUCAAAUAAAUGAAAUGAAGUAUGGUUUUUAUCAUUUAUUGCCCCUGUACAUUGAUUUGUGGCAGCACAAAGUAUAUGUCUGUAAAUAACUGAAUUCAGAAGGAAAGAAAAACACCAUGCAUUCCACUUAUUUUCUAUUCGAUUGUUGUUUCUUUCAAAAAUAAAUAAAAUGCACCUUUGAAAAAAAA